ACCGCCAAUAAAAAUUACAUCCAAAAUAUUUUGUAUCGUUCUAGAGGUUCUACUUAAAUGUCUAUGUUAAGAAGUUUUUGUAUGUAUUCUACUUAAAAUACAUAGAAGUCACCAUGAUCGAAAUAAAAAAAUCUGACUUGGUCGUUACAACAUCAUUAACGUUAUUAGUGUAUUUUAAUAACAUUAUAAUAAUCGAUAAUUCAAUAUUACGACCAAACGUAUAGAUUAAGUUUUCUUGUUAAAAGAUUUUUUCUUGUGUAUCGAUAUUAACUGUUCGCGAACUACUAUUUGCCACAUCAUUUUGUUUAAGACAAAAUUGUUUAUUGUUUAUGAGAAUGAAAGUCCCAGUAGGAGUUUUCAUUUGUUUGCUAGUUACAUUAAAGUAUACCUCCCAAGCGGACAUUAACAUUGCAAUAAUAGGUGGUGGUAUCGGAGGCACAUCAUGUGCUUAUUUUCUAAAACAAAUUUUCAAUGAUAAUGUUAGCAUUGACUUAUAUGAAGGUGAUACAAUUGGUGGAAGGCUUGCUACAGUGGCUUUAAAGGACGGUAAUGAAUACGAAGCUGGAGGUUCUAUUAUUCAUGAGCGUAACCGAUAUAUGUCAAGUUUCGUAGAUAUAAAUGGUCUUGAAAAAAAUAAUAAUGCAGUAUCAGAACGAGUUGGUUUGUAUACUAACGAUGGCUUUGAAUUCAUUGAGAGCAGUAAUCAUAUGGUUAAUAUAAUGAAAACUCUUUGGCGAUAUGGUUAUGGCAUAAAAGAAAUGAAAAAUUUUAUUGAUGAUUUGCUUAAUAAAUUUGAUAGAAUUUAUGAGCAUCAAGCUGCUGGUCACAGUUAUGAUACUGUGAAUGAGUUAUUAAUGGCAAUGGAUCCAGCUUUUAGUGGUUACUUAAAUAUAUCCAUCAAGGAUGCUUUUCUUAAUCUAGGUUAUUCAGAAAAGCUUAUUGAAGAAAUUGUGAAGGCAUCAAUAAAAGUAAACUAUGGACAAGAUGUUAAUGUUCACCAAUUUGUUGGUGCCGUGUCAUUAGCAGGGAUGGAUGGAUCAUUGUGGGCAAUAAAAGGAGGAAAUAAACAAGUUGCUGAAAAACUUCUUAAUUUAUCAAAUGCACGAUUAAUACAAGAAUAUGUUGUGCAAGUUACACAAAAUAAUAAUAACAAUGAAACCUCUUACAUGAUAUCUACCAACACCGGAAGAAACUUAACUUAUGACUAUGUAGUCUUUGCUGCCCCACUUGCUGAAAAUCAAAAGAUUCCAAUCAUAUUUACUGAUAUAUCAUCACCCCUGAAAAAUGUCGGAAAAUACCAUCGUACAGUUAGUACGUUUGUUGUUGGUAAACUAAGAAAUGAAAAAUUUACUCCUCUCUCUGAUGGCAGUGAUGCAGUACUUGUAAUUGCUCUUAACGAAAAUGAAUUUUUCAAUUCUAUUGGAAAUAUUGAAAGCGUUGCUUCAUCAUCAAUUCUGCGUAACUGGAAAGUGUUUUCUCGUGAACCACUUACUUCGUAUCAACUGAAUGAGUUAUUUGAGAGCAUAAGUGAAGUUAAAUCAUUUGAUUGGUUAGCUUACCCUCACUAUGAAAUACCAAGUAAAUCGUUAGAUUUUCAGCUGUCUGAUAGACUUUAUCACAUAAAUGCUAUUGAAUGGGCUGCAAGUGCUAUGGAAAUGAGUUGCGUAGGGGCAAAAAAUGUUGCAUUAUUAAUAAAGAAGAACAUCGACAGUAAUUGGAAUGAAACAAACAAGUGGAUGCGUGUGGAAUUGUAAAUAAUAUUAAUAAAAUCAAAUCAAUAUAGUUAUUUUAAUUACUUAUCAACAAAACUUGAAUUACAUUUAAAUAAGUUAUAUAGUCAUUAUGUAUGUACAUUUUAGAAAAAUCUAAAAUUAAACAAUAAAUAUUAAUAGUAACAAACCAUAUUUUAAUAUACAGAACUUAUAAUCAUUGAAAAUUGUAGGUGUAAAAAUAUUAAUUAUCGCUGCUGAAAUGUUCCAAAGCCUAAACCUAAACCACGAUGAGUAUGUGUUGCCAUACGUGCGACUUCAUAUUGACUUUCCAUUGAAUUAAACAUUUCUUCUUGUUUUUUUAUAAUGUCUUUGGAUUGGCCUUGUUGAUUUACUUGACUAUCUGCAGCUGAAAAAUACAAAAUUAAGGUGAUUAAAUAAUAUGUAUAACAAAAUUACACAAAAUCGGUAUCAUAAAAAAUAGUAAAUGAAUAAUCUUACAUUGAACAUCAUCUUUAAUGCCCAUAAGUCUUUUGAAUUUGGCUGUGACUUUUCCAUCUUGAUCACCAAACUUAGUAGAUUGCCAUAUUUUUGCUGUGUUAUUAGUAUUAGGUAUUGCAGGCUUGUGCUCCACAACUUGUUUAACAGAUUCUUGAUUACUAUUUUGUUUGUUGCCCCAUAAGAGUUUACGUUUUUGAAUCUGUUCAGCAUAUUUAUUAGGAUUCACAGCUAUUGGAUUAUAAUAAGAAGGUAACUCUAUCCCAGUUUGCACUUUAACUUUUUCCACUUGUGCUUCCAUAGUUUUUUGAAGUAACAGCUGAGGUGUGACCUGAGUGGUAAACAUUGAAUUGCUGCCUAUAGGAGGAACUUUUAACUCUAUGCCCAAUUUAUCUAAAACUAAAAAAAAAUAUUUAUUAACAUCAGAGAUUGUAUUAUUAAAAAUAUUUCAAUACUUUGUCUUUUGCUAUUUGCUUUUUUCUCCAUGUAGUAAUUAUGUGAAGAUGUAUACUUUUCCUUGCUGUUAGAAGGACUACUUUUCUUAUAAUGAUUUGAAUCGUUCCUUGGACUCUUUGAUUUCCGUCUACUGG